AACCUUAUCCAAAACGUUUUUUCACAUAAAAAAUUGCCAAUCACAAAAAAUCAUCGACCGUUAGAUUCACAUCAAGCAAACGGAUCAACGGUUGAAGUCAAUCCUUAGACCUUAAAAUAACCAACAAAAGGGCAAAGCCAAGAGAGAACAGAAAGGAAAAGGAAACUAGGAAAGCACUUUUUCUUCAAAGAUACAGAAAAAACUAUUUUUUAUAUUUUAAUCUUCACUGGGAAUAAAGCAAAGGAUCAGUUGUCAAUCUGGGUUUUGGUUUUUGUUGUGAGAAAAAAAGGGAAAAAAUAGAAAAAAAUAGUUAUGGCUGAGGUUUUGGGGAAGGCAAAUCUGUUCACAACUUGUAAUUAUAGUCAGAAGAAGAAUCAAGAAGGUGGAGUUUCUUUGUUUUCUAAGAGAAUUUCUGGGCUUUGUUUAAAAAAGAAUAGUUUUCCUUCUUUGAAGGUGAAAUCUCAGGCUUUGAGGAGUGAUUUUAAUGGGCAAAGACUGGUCUUUUUGGAGAAGAAAACUGUGAACAAGAGAAGGUUUUGUCAGUUUCCCAUUAAAGCACAGAUGCAAACUGGCCUUAUUGGUAGAAGUCAAAAGUGGUGGGAGAAGGGGUUGCAACCAAAUAUGAAAGAAGUCACAUCUGCACAAGAUCUGGUUGACUCUCUUUUGAAUGCUGGGGAUAAACUUGCAUUAGUAGAUUUCUUCUCCCCUGGUUGUGGUGGCUGCAGGGCUCUUCAUCCCAAGAUUUGCCAAUUGGCAGAGAUGAAUCCAGAUGUGCAGUUUCUUCAGGUGAAUUACGAGGUGCAUAAAUCCAUGUGCUAUAGCCUUAAUGUCCAUGUGCUGCCUUUCUUCCGGUUCUAUAGAGGAGCCCAUGGGCGUCUAUGCAGCUUUAGCUGCACCAAUGCCACGAUCAAAAAAUUCAAAGAUGCAUUGGCCAAGCACACACCAGACCGAUGCAGCCUUGGGCCGGUAAAAGGGCUUGAGGAGAAGGAGCUUUUGGCAUUAGCUGCCAACAAAGAUCUUUCCUUCAACUACACACCAAAACCAGUUCAACCUGCUCCUGUUCCUGCACAGGAAGAGGUUCUGGUAUCAAAACAAGUUCCAUCUGAUUCAGGGACAAAGCUUCCUCUUCCUCUUCCUACAGCAUCCUUAAAGCCCAAAGAUAGUGAGGAGAAAAGCUUGGUUGGUGUUGGGAGAUGAUUUGGCUUGCUUUUCACCAACCCCAUUCCCCUCCCAAUCGCCAUUGUACAGUUACUACUACAGUACUGCUCCCAUGUUCAUCUCUCAUGUACUAAUAUCCAUGUUAGAAAUGAACAACACAGAGGAGUUGAAGCCAUACGGCAUCUUGUCUCCCCAUGGAGUUGCAGGUUUUUGGAUUUAUUUUUUGGGAUCCUAGCCUGCUUGAUUCAAGGGUGUUUGAAGAGCAACUAUAGCUGUGUAUAUGUUAAGUCGUCAUUUUUAUGUUCAAGGGAAAUCCACUUAGUGAAUGUAAAAUCAUAUUGUUUUAUAGUAUUUAUGGUUAUAGAAAUUGAAAAAGCCUUUUGUCUUUUUCAUUUUCUAUUUUCCCCUCUUUUAUGUGUUGGAAACAGAAUAUGAGUAUUUGUAUUGGAUAUUUAGUAUCAAUGACAGGUUACUGCCUUGCCUUUUUA